AUGGAUCUUUCCGCGCCGAGCUUUUCGUUUGACAUUCCCUCCGUGUAUGAUGGCCGAAAGCUACAGUGCCGUAUCAUUUUACCGUCCCGUGUCCGAAAUAUACAAUCAACACCAGGGUCACCGAUCCACGGAGCAAUUAUUGCUCAUCCAUAUGCACCCCUAGGAGGUUGCUACGACGAUCCAGUUGUAGAUUUCGUCAGCAACGAGCUGCUCCAAGCCAACUUCAUCGUGGGGACGUUCAACUUCCGCGGAGCGGGCGACUCGGAAGGACGAACGAGUUGGACCUCAAAACCUGAGCUCGGAGACUAUGUGUCAUUCUACGGGUUUAUGCUGAUUUACCUCCACCUCCUGAAGCACGCAUUGGCCUCCAAUCAAUCAGCCGCAGAGCCAUGUUGCAGCACCCAAGACGGCGGCUUAGAAGAUCCCGUUUUAGAAGCUACAUCAGGGUCACAUCCAGAUGUUCAUCUGAUCCUGGGCGGAUACUCUUACGGCUCUUUGAUCGCCUCACACCUCCCUACCCCGGGGGUGAUCCUCGACCUCUUCGAAUCAUUGGAGGCAUCCAUCUCCGAGAUAAGAGACAUCGCAAAGCGAGUCGCAAUAUCAUCCUUGAAUCAUCCCAUACCCCCGACCAACCUAGACCUGCGCGCAUUGACGACUUCUAUCUCCUAUCUCUUGGUAUCCCCACUCCUGCCACCGAUAAGUCAACUCCUCACGAUCUUCACGACCUUAUCACUGAAAGUGGCGUCCCGAACACUCCCCUGCCCCGAUCCAGCAGACCAGCUGAGUAGGCAUCGUACUUUGGCGCUGGCCGGGAACCUGGACAGCUUUGUUUCCGCUGCGAAACUGGAGCGGUGGUCAGACGAGUUGUUGCACAUGCCAGGCAGUCAGUUCCAGUUUCGGAUGAUUGAUGGCGCGGACCACUUUUGGCGUCGAAAUGAGAGGGCGCGGCUGUUGCUGAGGGUGUGGCUUGAGUCGUUUCGCUCCAAUCAGGUUUGUUGA